AUGCUGCAGGGCGGGGAGACUCGGAAUUCAGACAAGACGCCGUCGGGACGUAAGCCCGUAAGCCCUCAGGCUGAGGCCCUCAAGCCCUUCAAGCCCUAUCAAAACCUUCUCAAUGUGCUGUCGGUCCUCCCCUGGGGAGUCGUCCAAGCGGGGUCUGUUCGCGAUGUCGUGCAGAGUGGUGGCGAUCACGGUGAUCGACCUUGGACCGUGCCCUUCUUCCUAGCGAGGGAUCGCACCGAACCCUCCGGCUAA